AUGGCCAAACGGGUAUUGACGGACACGUUUAAUCGCACCCAUAACUAUCUGCGUAUUUCGUUGACCGAGAGAUGUAAUCUCAGAUGCUUGUACUGUAUGCCUGAGAACGGUGUGCCGCUUCAAGCCGACGACAAACUUCUUUCCAGCCAAGAAAUCGUCCAGCUGUCAAAACUCUUUGUAUCCCAAGGAGUGGACAAAAUCCGAUUAACUGGCGGUGAACCCACGGUCAGAAAAGAUUUUCUUCCACUUUUUGAGGAAAUUGGCAGCAUUGAGGGCCUCAAGGAAUUAGCGAUCACGUCGAACGGCAUAGCUCUACCCCGCAAAUUGCCCUUUUUGAAAGACGCAGGACUGACUGCGGUUAAUAUAUCGCUUGAUACACUUGUCGAAGCCAAGUUCAACUUCUUUACUCGACGCCGGGGGCUGCAACGAGUUCUUGAUGCCAUUGACAAGGCGAUCGAAGUCGGAGUGCCCAAGGUCAAAGUGAAUACGGUGGUAAUGAGAGGCCAAAACGAUGACGAGAUUCUGGACUUUGUGGAAAUGACCAAAAAUAAACCUAUACAAGUGCGAUUCAUCGAGUACAUGCCGUUUGAGGGCAACAAGUGGUCCAACAAGAAAAUGGUUAGCUACUUUGAGAUGCUCGAUAUCAUUACCCGAAAGUACCAUAUCAGUCCCAUCACUCAUCGACCAGGCGACACCGCCAAAAACUUCUCUGUUGCAGGACACAUGGGCUCGGUGGGGUUCAUCACGUCUAUGACGUCUAAUUUCUGCUCAACAUGCAACCGGCUGCGCAUCACUGCAGAUGGAAAUAUGAAAGUAUGUCUAUUUGGCAACGAGGAGGUGUCGUUACGGGAUAUGCUGAGAUCAGGUGCUACGGAAGCCGAAAUGCUCGAACUAAUUGGCCUAGCCGUUGGCCGUAAAAAGGGCGCCCAUGCUGACAUGGAUCUGCUAAAGACAAUGAAGAACAGACCUAUGAUCCUGAUCGGCGGGUAA